GCCGUCUCCCUCGCCCGGAGCGCCCGGCGCGGGGUUGUGAGCGGCCAUCCCGGGUUAUCCCGGGUUAUCCCGGGCCCAUCCCGGGGCUAUCCCGGCCCCGCCGCAAUGGGGAAGAAGGGGAAGCGCGACAAGAAAGGGAAAGGCGCUGAGAAGACGGCGGCGAAGAUGGAGAAGAAGGUGUCCCGCCGGGCCAAGAAGGAGGAGGAGGAUCUUGAAGCUCUGAUAGCAGAAUUCCAGAGUUUAGAUGCUAAAAAGACCCAAGUUAUUGAGUCAUCCUGCCCACCCCCCUCACCCAGGCUGAACGGUUCCCUCUCUGCUCACCCUGAGAGAGACGAGUUGAUCCUUUUUGGAGGUGAAUAUUUCAAUGGCCAAAAAACGUACCUGUACAACGACCUCUACAUUUACAACAUCAGGAAGAACAGCUGGUCCAAACUGGAGAUCCCCAACCCCCCACCACGGCGAUGUGCUCACCAGGCGGCCGUGGUGCCCACGGCUGGGGGGCAGCUGUGGAUUUUUGGAGGGGAGUUUGCAUCUCCCAACGGGGAGCAGUUCUAUCACUACAAGGAUCUCUGGGUCCUGCACUUGGCUACCAAGACCUGGGAGCAGAUCAAGGCAUCAGGAGGCCCCUCUGGGCGAAGUGGACAUCGAAUGGUUGCAUGCAAAAGGCAGCUGAUUGUCUUUGGGGGCUUCCACGAGAGUGCCAGGGAUUACAUCUAUUACAAUGAUGUGUAUGCCUUCAACCUGGACUCCUUCACCUGGAGCAAGCUGGCUCCAGCAGGGAUUGGGCCUGCUCCAAGAUCCGGGUGUCAAAUGACUGCCAGUCCUGAGGGCAACGUAAUCAUCUAUGGAGGCUACUCCAAACAGAGAAUUAAGAAGGAUGUUGACAAGGGCACCCUGCACACGGAUAUGUUCCUGCUGAAGGCUGAAGGAGUGGGUAAGGAGGAAGAGAAGUGGACGUGGAGUCGGCUCAACCCCUCCGGAGUGAAACCCCCUCCCAGGUCUGGAUUCUCCGUGGCUCUUGGUCCCGGUAACCGCUCCCUCCUUUUUGGGGGGGUGCAGGAUGAGGAGGACGAGGAGAGCCUUGAGGGGGACUUCUUCAAUGACAUCUAUUUCUAUGACAUGGGGAAAAACCGCUGGUUCCCUGCACAGCUCAAGGGACCAAAAUCAGAGAAGAGGAAGCGGAGACGAGGCAAACAAGCCGAGUCAGAGGCUGCUGGAGAUGAGGAGGAGGAGCAGAGACCUUCCCAGGGCCCCCUGGAGAUCAUCAAAGAGGUGAUGGCAGAAGACGGGACUGUCAUGACCAUCAAGCAGGUGAUCUCUGGACCUGCAGAAGAGAAGGAAAGGGCUGAAUCUGAGGAGGAGGAGGAGGAGGAGGAAGGUGGAGCCCUGGGACAGCAGGUGGAGCCGUGCCCACGUUCCAACGCCAUGGUGGCAGUGAAACACGGGGUCCUCUACGUGUACGGGGGGAUGUUCGAGGUGGGCGACCGCCAGUUCACCCUCAGUGACCUGCACAGCAUCGACCUGCACAAGAUGGGGGAGUGGAAGGUGCUGGUGGAGAUGGAUCCAAAAGCCCAAGAGUGGCUGGAGGAGUCAGAGUCGGAUGAAGGGGAUGAUGAUGUGGAAGGUGCAGAGGGAGGAGAAGAGGAAGAGGAGAGCUCUGAAGAGGAGAGUGAAGAUGAUGAAGGAGAGGAGCAGCAUCCAGCAGUGGAGCCCGGUGAGAAUCCUGAGGAAUACCUGUCCAGGACAGAGCAGUACUGGAUCAAAGUGGCCCGCAGCCACAUGGGCCCCGAGGCCAAGGAGAAGAAGGUGGUCAAGGUGGCUCAUGCCAUGGCAAAGACAUUCCAUGAGGAUUCGGUCUAGACGGCAGUGAGGCUGUUCCAGGAGUGAACAAACGUGCUGGGAGCCAUGGCCAGCCCUGCUAAACCCAGCCUGAUGUCCAGAAGGCAUCCUAGGACUUCAGCCUUUCCCUUCCCUGAGGGCCUCUGGGCUGAGCAGCCUUCUUGCUUAAUGCUCUGGAUAUGUUGUUAUUCCUGGGAAGGUUGUGGGAGGGUCUUGAGGAACAGGAUUGCUGUCCAAGCACCUGUCCUGCUGAGGCUGGGCUAUACAAUACUGACUUCUUUAUGUUCAAAAAAGUUGUUUUGAGUCUUUCAAGACAAACUGCACAUCACUAUGUUUACUGGUCCCAAAUUUUGCACCCUGACUGGGGCCAGAACGUGUCUCCAAGGGUUUCUACAAUAAACUUACUUGGCUACAUCA